AUGAAUGUGGAAGUUGAUGAUUUGAACAUCAAACUUCUGCAAACGUUGCCAGGUGAGCGUCACAUCUACAGUUCCAUUGACACUGUUCUCAACAUCGAUGAAGCUGUGAAUUAUCCUACCUCACAACUUGCACCUCAAGAUUGGGGCACCAGUUAUGCUGCUUCGAACCUCGAUCUACCAAAGCUUUGCAAUGGCACACGAUUCAUAAUAAAGAAGAUGAUGCCUGGUAAAGCAAGCGGUGAGCCUGUAUUCAUUCCUAAAAUUCUACUUAUUCCCUCGGAUAUGCCUUUCCAGUACAAGCGCUUGCAAUUCUCGUUGAAACUGAGCUUUGCAAUGAGCAUUAACAAGGCCCAGGGGCAGUCUUUGGCUGUGGUAUGUCUGAACCUUGUGGAAGCAGUUUUCUCCCAUGGCCAACUUUAUGUGGGAUGCUCAAGUAUCGGCAAUCCUAAUCAUUUGUUUAUUUAUGCCCCACAAGGAAAGCUCUGCAAACUUAAUAAGGUUCACCAAAUCAUCAGAACAGUUAGAACAAUUAUUUAUACUAUAUACAAAUAUGGAUUGGAUAUAAGUAUUACUUACCAAAAACCUUUUGAUUGA